AUGUGCCCAUCCUACACCCCAGCUCACAAGGAUGUAUCAUCCAAACACCCAGCUUACAAGGAUGUUCCAUCCUACAUCCCAGCUCACAAGGAUGUGUCAUCCUACACCCCAGCUUACAAGGAUGUUCCAUCCUACAUCCCAGCUCACAAGGAUGUAUCAUCCUACACCCCAGCUUACAAGGAUGUUCCAUCCUACAUCCCAGCUCACAAGGAUGUGUCAUCCUACACCCCAGCUCUCAAUAAUGUGUCAUCCUACACCCCAGCUUACAAGGAUGUUCCAUCCUACAUCCCAGCUCUCAAUAAUGUGUCAUCCUACACCCCAGCUUACAAGGAUGUUCCAUCCUACAUGCCAGCUCUCAAUAAUGUGUCAUCCUACACCCCAGCUUACAAGGAUGUUCCAUCCUACAACCCACAUCACAAUAAUGUGUCGUCCUACACCCCAGCUCACAAGGAUGUGUCAUCCUACACCCCAGCUCACAAGGAUGUGUCAUCCUACACCCCAGCUGACAAGGAUGUUCCAUCCUACACCCCAGCUCACAAGGAUGCGUCAUCCUACACCCCAAUUCACAAGGAUGUGUCAUCCUACACUCCAGCUUACAAGGAUGUGUCAUCCUACACUCCAGCUUACAAGGAUGUGUCAUCCUACUCCCCAGCUCACAAGGAUGUGUCAGCCUGCACCCCAGCUCACAAGGAUGUGUCAUCCUGCACCCCAGCUCACAAGGAUGUGUCAUCCUGCACCCCAGCUUACAAGGAUAUCGGUACUUGGAACUCUUGGGAUCCUGAAGGAGUUACCAUCAAUGACAUUGUGUGGCCAGGGCACCAGCACGUACCUCCUCCAGGCGUACCUGAGAAGUUCCACCUCAAGAUUGUCUUCCUGGAGGAACCACCAUACAUCAGUCUAGCAUCCCCUGACCCGGUCACAGGCCAGUGUAACGCAAACCGAGGUAUCCUCUGCAGGGUGGCCACUGACGCCAUGAUGGCCAACGUGGUGAACCAGACACUAGCACAGCAGAACAGCACCUACUACCAGUGCUGUUCUGGCUUCUGUAUAGAUAUGCUGCAGAAAUUCUCCGACGAGCUAGGCUUCUCUUACGACCUCUUCCGUGUGGAGGACGGCAAGUGGGGCACCUUGGAGGGACACAAGUGGAACGGACUGGUGGCAGCACUGAUGAACCACAGAGCAGACAUGGCACUGAGUAGUUUCAAAAUUAACUCUGAGAGGGAGAGUGUGGUUGACUUCACCGUACCUUACCUGGAGUCUGGGAUAGCUAUUGUCGUGGCCAAGAGGACUGGUAUUAUAUCUCCCACCGCCUUCCUGGGUAAAUACGACACAACCUCAUGGAUGUUGACUUCCCUUGUGUUGACUGGGAUUAUAUCUGCCACUGUCUUCCUGGCUUUAUUUCCCUCCCCUGGGGGGUUUUACCCCAACCUGGGGAUAGCCCCUCCCAGAGACCACAAGUUCUCACUGCUGAGGACCUACUGGCUGGUGUGGGCAGUACUGUUCCAGGCGGCAGUACACGUCGACUGUCCCAAGGGAUUCACUGCCAGGUUCAUGGCCAACAUCUGGGCCAUGUUUGCUGUGGUCUUCUUGGCCAUCUAUACUGCUAACCUGGCCGCCUUCAUGAUCACCAGGGAGGAGUACCAUGAUCUAUCUGGCAUCGAUGACCACAGGCUUCAGAACCCUUACUUCAGGAAGCCUCCCUUCAGGUUCGGCUUCGUUCCCUUCACCAACACUGAGACCAUCAUGGCCAAACACGAACCUGAGAUGUUUCAGUAUAUGAGACCAUUUAACAAGUCCAACAUUAACGACGGUAUCAAGGCCAUUAAGAAGGGUCAAUGUCAGCAUGACAGCAGGCGUGGUGGUAGUGAGGUAAUAAUGGUGAUGAAAUCAGUCUCAUACCUUGUAGAAGUAUUUGAGAUGGUCAAACUAGCUGGAGAAAGAGUUCAUGGUCUGGACAUUGUUCCAGUGUUCCAGUUCCAUGGUGACAUGGAGAGGAUCCAGCGGUUUUGGUUGACCGGAGCUUGUAAACCCAAGAAACAGAGUAAGAGAGCCUCUGAACCCCUGGCACUGGAGCAGUUCCUCUCCGCCUACCUCCUCCUCUUCUCCGGUGUUCUCCUUGCUCUUAUUCUCCUCCUUCUUGAGCAUCUCUACUUCAAAUACGUGAGGAAGCAUCUGGCCAAGACGGACUCGGGUGGAUGCUGCGCCCUCAUCUCUCUGAGUAUGGGUAAGUCUCUGACCUUCAGAGGUGCAGUAUUUGAGGCUCAAAAUAAAUUACGUCGUCAUCGCUGCCGUGACCCUCUCUGCGACACUCACAUCUGGAAGGUCAAACAUGAACUCGAUAUGGCCAGAGUGAAGAUUAAGCAACUCGAGAAGGAACUCGAGUCUCAUGGAGUUAAACCCUCGAGGAAAUUCGCCACGAGGGUAUUACGCAUGAUGGAUUUGUCAUAUGCUUAUGCAAAGUCUGUGUAUAUUACUUCUGCAUUUGAUUUUCCUUUCCAGUGCAUCAAGGCCAUGUCAUAG